AUGGGCUACUCUACUCGUAAACAGCAGAAGGUAGUCGACAUUAUCCACAUCAUCGAGAUCGUCUUGAUCCAUGGGGUGCUCGGCAUCUCCGUGUAUCGGCGAUUUAACAAGAACAUCAUUCGGAGUCGAGCGGAUUUCCUGUCGUUGAGUGCGGCCGCCAAAUCUCUCAUCUUCAUCUUUUGGAUCUUGGCUACCGAGCACGUCAGCUUCAUGAAGAAGCGCUACUCCAGAAAGGCCAACAUGAUUCUCAUGAUCAUCGACUGUGUCUUUUGGGGAGCCGUCAUUGGUAUGACGGCCUAUUUUCUUAUUCAGAAUGGUUGCGUGGGCAUCGGCUGCAAUUUAACCUACGCUAUUCUUGCGUUGAGUUCGGUCCUCUUCGUACUCUCCAUCCCCGUCGCUUUGCUCUCUACCAAGUUCUGGUUGGCUUCUCGAAGGACCGGCAUGGACACCAAAGAGCAAGAAGAUAUCAUCAGCAAGCCUGACCAGUACCUCUUAAGUCCCCAGGAGCUCCAAGCAGCCUCGAACCCUGUCGAGAUAUCGUAUCUCUCACCUCGACCUGAUGUUCGCCAGCAUCCCGUUACAAAUCAACGCUCAUGGGCGUAGAGUAGACUAGACUCCUGCAUGUUUUUCGGCAAUGUUAUCUUGUGCCUACGUUCUUCUUAUAACAUGAGCGACAGGACA